GGAUCGUUUUCGAACACCCUUUCUAGUCUAUCAAGAGCUUAGGAUUAUUCCGAGACAUGAUCCCUUAUGCUCCUUGGUGAGAGUUGACGGUCUACUACGACUUGUAACCUCCCACUUGUCAUUUUUUUCACUCGCUUUGUAGGAGCUGAACAUCCAGGACCAGAGUGUCUUCUACUCUAGCACUACCACCUAUCCCGAAUCAAGAGUACUAUCCAUAGCAUCCUCACCACAUCAUCAUCACCUUAAUAUUUCAGGCUCUCACCAUGCGCUUAAUCGACGUCAACACCUUUGAACUCAAAGAGUUUUUCAGUGAGAAGGCGCCACCGUAUGCCAUCCUAUCACACACAUGGAAGGGUGACACGGAGGUGACGUUCCAGGAGUGGGAGUGCGCCGCCGUCGAUGACGCCGUCAAGCAGAAAGAAGGUUAUGCCAAGAUCAUGGGAGCAUGCUGUCGCGCGCGUGCCGACGAUUUGCAAUAUCUCUGGUGUGACACCAACUGCAUCGACAAGAGCAGCUCUGCUGAACUUAGCGAGGCUAUUAACAGUAUGUUCACUUGGUACCGCGACUCAACUGUGUGCUACACGUACCUCUAUGAUGUCCAGGCGGAGACGGAUACGUUUACGAAGAGCCGUUGGUUUACUAGAGGCUGGACGUUGCAGGAGUUACUUGCGCCGAGCAAGGUUCUGUUCUUUGAUCGUCACUGGACGGUACUUGGGGAUAGGAGCGAAUUGGCAGGUGUAGUUUCGGAUAUCACAAGAAUCCAUAUCGGCGCUUUGAGAGAUCGUUCAACAAUCUAUGAUUACUCUAUUGCUCAACGUAUGUCUUGGGCUGCUAACCGACAGACAUCUCGCCAAGAAGAUAUUGCUUAUUGUCUACUUGGAAUCUUUAACAUCAAUAUGCCACUGCUCUAUGGCGAGGGGCAGAAUGCAUUCUCUAGGCUACAGCGAGAAAUAGUGGAAGUCUCAAAUGACCAUAGCAUUCUUGCAUGGGAUUGGUGGCAUUCCGAUACCCGCCCUCCAUUAAGUGCUUUAGCACCGUCUCCUGCUGAGUUUCGUUUCUGUGGCUCAAUAGUCCAGAACCAUAAGUAUGAUCGAAAUCCCUAUUCUAUCACCAAUCUAGGCAUAUCCAUGAACCUUACACUUAUCAAAAUGCGAGUGAAAGGAAUGGUUUUAGUGGGAUUGAAUUGCGAAAAGGUGUUGUGUAGGGAGGCUCAUCACUCCAGACUGCCCGACGGAAUCAAAUUGGAGAGACAUUUUCGAAUAUGGAUUCCUCUACGUCAUUCAAGAUACAACACCUUCUUUAGAGCACAUUAUCCGUCAUCCAAAAUCUUUCUACAACAAUUAUAUCAAGUUAUGGAACACCCGACGCCUACAGAUUUGUUCCUAAGUUUAGAUUCGUCUCAGGCUGGCGUCACUCAGCCUCUUGAGGAUAUCGAUAAAUUUCUACGGCAGUAUCCUUCCAAUUUGUCUUCUGGAUCACUUGUUUCGGUUGCGUCAGGGGCUAUGACAUCUCAAAAACAAAUCAUACGGGAAGUCUAUCCCCUGGAUAACAUUUCUAUAACUCAGUUAAAGUGCAGAGGUACUUCUAGCGUCUCGCAUCAGUUCAUAUCCUCUGGCAACUUUUCCGUGAUCUUCUCAGUCUACUGGAACGAACAAGGAUUCCCCCAGGAGUGGUUAUACACCAAUCUGUAUAACCCAAAGCUUAAAACCAGCACUCAUAUAAGCUCUGAUGGUGACUGGAGUUGUCUUUUCGGGGGGGAUGCUCAAUUCCGGUCUGCUCAAGAUUGUAAUAGCGUCGCCAGCAUGCACUCACUUCAUAGGAAAUUGCGGGAGCAAUACGAGAGAUCUUUAGACGGAUACGUACGAACAGAAGAGGACCCUAUUGUCAAUGUUGAAGAUAAGCCACUAGAAGACCUGUUUGGGCAACAAGAGCUAAUCGUUGAUAUCAUUUUCCGAGAAAGUCCCAGGUCCCAACGUUUACUUACUAAGGGGUAGACUACUAGGUAUAUUCUAUAUUUUCUAUGCUUGACUGCUUAAAUGGCUUAGUUCAAUUGUGAACAGCUUAAUGUGGUCACCUAGUAACAUAGACUUCUCUCCGAGUAUUGGCAGAACCUGAGAUAAGGUACCCAAU